CAGGUGAUUGCACUUAGUAAGAGGAGCAAGGAGGCUGAGACGGCUUUCCUGAGCGUUUGCAAGCAAUUGAUCGAGGCUCCAGCCCCUGAGCCAAAUGCAUCUUGACAUUAGAAAAGGAAUACAUUUGCUCAGCCCUUGUAAUAACACUGCGGCUAUCCCCAGUUGUCUUUUUGACGACCCUGCUCCAGUGCUGCUCCAGCGCCUUGAGCCCGAAAAUCCACCCCUGAAGGAUCUCAGCUGCCCCUGGAAGAAGCACCCAGAGCUCCUCGGCACCAAAGAGCAGAGAGAAGGAUCGUUGCCAGCAGCAGGACUCACGGCGGCUGAGACCACGCUCCCUGACAUUGACAGCAAAGCACUUUUGGCUGAAACCUUGCUGCAGAGAAAUGAGGCAGAGAAGCAGAAGGGGCUGCAAGAAGCCCAGCUCACCCUGGCCAUGCGGCUGGGGGAAGCCGAGGAGAAGAUCAAGGUGCUCCAUUCAGCGCUGAAGGCGACACAAACAGAGCUGCUGGAACUACGGUGUAAAUAUGAUGAGGAGGCUGCCUCCAAGGCAGAUGAAGUGGCCAUGAUCAUGACCAAUCUUGAAAAAGCCAACCAGCGUGCCGAGGCUGCACAGAGGGAGGUGGAGAGCUUGAGGGAGCAGCUGGCAGCUGUCAACAGCUCCCUGCGUCUGGCCUGCUGCUCCCCUCAGGGUGCUGCUGGGCAGGACAAAGCGAACUAUUCCAUGUGCUCAGGGUCAAGGCUGGAGGCUGCUCUGGCUGCCAAGGACCGGGAGAUCCUACGGCUCCUGAAGGACAUCCAGCACCUCCAGAGCUCACUGCAGGAGCUGGAGGAAUCCUCCGCCAACCAGAUUGCUGAGCUAGAGGGACAGCUGGCUGCCAAGAACGAAGCCAUUGAGAAGCUGGAGGAGAAGCUGCAGGCACAAGCAGACUACGAGGAGAUCAAGACAGAGCUGAGCAUCCUGAAGGCCAUGAAGGUGGCAUCCGCCAGCUGCAGCCUGCCCCAGAGCAUGUCGAAGCCGGAGGAGGCCCUGCUGCUGGGGAAGGAGGCAUUCUACCCACCACAGAAGUACCUGCUGGAGAAGCCCAGCUUGAUGGCCAGCACUGAGGAGGAUCCCUGUGAAGACGAGUCGGGGAAGGACCCACUGGGCAUGGAGCAGGCGUUCCCGUCCCCCCAGCAGCUCCCGCACCCGCCGGCUGAUGAGCCAACCUCUCCCACUCCUCUCCCAGCUGUACCUGGCCCUGGCCUGGCUUCCGAAGGCCCCCGGACGUUCCCACUGUCCCCCUUCCCAGGAGGAGAGCGGCUCCCAGGGGAUGCACUACUCCCCAAGGGCCCUCCACUACAGGGGUCCCCUUACAAGAGUGAGGGUGCUGGAGGGGGACUGUCCUUCCCCACUGCUUUUUUCGGAGCCAAAAGCAGCUCUGUGCCCCCCAGCACUGUUCCACCCACCACCAGCCCUCCUGAAGAGCCUGCUGAGGGCAGCGGGGGCAGCUCAGCUGACGAGGAGCAACUGGAUACAGCCGACAUCGCCUUCCAGGUGAAGGAACAACUGCUGAAGCACAACAUUGGGCAGAGGGUCUUUGGGCACUAUGUGCUGGGGCUGUCACAGGGCUCUGUCAGUGAGAUCCUGGCCCGGCCCAAGCCCUGGCGCAAGCUGACAGUGAAGGGCAAGGAGCCGUUCAUCAAGAUGAAGCAGUUUCUCUCCGAUGAGCAGAAUGUACUGGCUCUGAGGACUAUCCAGGUGCGCCAGAGAGGUAGCAUCACGCCGAGGAUCAGAACGCCAGAAACUGGCUCUGACGAUGCCAUCAAAAACAUCUUGGAGCAGGCAAAGAAGGAGAUUGAGUCACAGAAGGGAGGUGAGCCCAAAAACCCAUCAACAUCUCAAGCGGUGACCAACGGGGCGGGUAGCAGCAGCUCAGAGGACGCCAUCAAGAGCAUCCUGGAGCAGGCGCGGCGGGAGAUGCAGGCGCAGCAGCAGGCACUGCUGGAGAUGGAGGCAGGGAGCAGCGGGCGGCCCGGGGGCACACCACCCACUGAGCGUUCCACUUUGGCCACCGUUAGCCAGAACAUCGUCCCAGCCUACGUCAAGCAGGAGGAGGGCAGCGGGGCCAGCCCUGGCCCCCCUCAGACGCCCCUUGCUGUCCUCUCGCCUGCUGCCUUUGUGCAGAGCAUCAUCCGCAAGGUGAAGUCGGAGAUUGGUGAUGCUGGCUCUUAUUUCGACCAGCACUGGGCGUCAGAGCGCAGCCUGCUCAGCCGACCCUACACCUCUGUUUCGCCUUCGCUCUCCUCCUCUUCCUCAAGCUACUCUGGCAUGGCCAAUGGACGAGGCUGGCCAAGGGGUGAGCCUGCUGAGAGUGGCGCCAAUGAGGAUGAGCUGCCGGCAGCUGAGGAUGAGCCACACCGAUUAGCAGAGAUGAAGGUGGAGGGUGCUGGCAUGGAGCCGGCAGCUGGUGGCCGGCUGUCCUACUACCCUGCCUAUGUACCGCGCACCCUGAAGCCCACCGUGCCUCCGCUGACACCAGAGCAGUAUGAAAUGUACAUGUACAGGGAGGUGGACACACUGGAGCUGACCCGGCAGGUCAAGGAGAAGUUGGCCAAGAAUGGCAUCUGCCAGAGGAUCUUUGGAGAGAAGGUACUGGGCCUGUCCCAGGGCAGUGUGAGUGACAUGCUGUCGCGGCCCAAGCCGUGGAGUAAGCUGACGCAGAAGGGACGGGAGCCCUUCAUCCGCAUGCAGCUCUGGCUGACGGACCAGCUGGGGCAAGGCAUCAGCCAGCAGCCGACCCCAUCCCAGGCUAGCCCUGCCGAACCACAGCCAUCCCCCUCGCCACCCCCCAGCCCCACGGAGCAUGAGAAGGGAUCGCAAGAGCCCCUUACCCUCGCCCUGGAGAGCAGCAAGGAAAACCAGCAGCCUGAGAGCAGAGUGGUGGCAGGCAAAGCACACCCCAACAGCCAAGGCCCUGUGGGCAUCCAGGAGAUUGUUGCCAUGUCCCCCGAGCUGGACACCUACUCCAUCACCAAGAAGGUCAAGGAGGUGUUGACGGACAACAAUUUAGGUGCGAGCGCCAUUUUGGGAGAUGCUGGCCAGCGGCUGUUUGGGGAGAGCAUCCUGGGCCUGACGCAAGGCUCGGUGUCCGAUCUCCUCUCCAGGCCCAAGCCAUGGCACAAGCUGAGCCUGAAGGGGAGGGAGCCCUUUGUCCGCAUGCAACUUUGGCUCAAUGACCCUCACAACGUCGAAAAACUGCGUGACAUGAAGAAGCUGGAGAAGAAAGCCUACCUGAAGCGCCGGUAUGGGCUGAUGAGUGCCGGCUCAGACAGCGAGUCCCCAGGCGCCCGCUCCGAGUGUGCCAGUCCCGGCCUGCAGCCCCAGGACCUCAGCCUUCUGCAGAUCAAGAAGCCACGGGUGGUGCUGGCUCCUGAAGAGAAGGAAGCCUUGAAGAAAGCCUACCAGCUGGAACCCUAUCCCUCCCAGCAGACUAUCGAGCUGCUCUCCUUCCAGCUCAACCUCAAGACCAACACCGUCAUCAACUGGUUCCACAACUACAGGUCACGGAUGCGCCGGGAGAUGCUGGUGGAAGGCACGCAAGACAACGACACGGACCCAGAGCAGAGUGGUGGGGCAGCCGGCCCAAGGCCUAGGGCCCCACACAGCCCUGACUCAGAUACUGAGGACCGAAAACCCCUUUUCAGUGGGGGCGAGCACCCUUGCACUGGCGAGGUGAAGGUGAAAGAGGAGCAGGGGGAGGUGGGCAGCUGGAGCCGCCGGCGGGACUCACGCAGCCCAGCCGGGACAGCAGAAAGCACUGGGCCCCCACAGGAGGAGCGAGGAGGAGCCCCCCGUGCUGCUGCCCCCAGCACCGGCAGCCUCCCACGGCGGGGAGGCCGAGCCAGGGCCUCCGGAGGUCCUCCACCACCACCACCACCACUCCAUCCCGACCCUGGCAGCUCGCAGUCAUCGGCCAACUCAUCCCACUGUAGCCUGGAGGUUUCCCCCAGCUCGCCUUCCGCUGCCUCCUCGCCUGGCCUCGCUGGUUCAGCCUCACCAGGGCCAUCCUCUGCCGGGCCGGUGUCACCGGCACUGCCGCCAGCCCCAUGUCCCCGGCUCAGCACCAGCGUCCAGCGACGUCACGAGAAGAUGGCCAACCUCAACAACAUCAUCCACCGCCUGGAGCGGGCUGCCAACCGCGAGGAGGUCCUCGAGUGGGAGUUCUGAGCUGCCUUGCAGACACACACAUCUCUAUAUUUUGUUAAACUCAGUGCGCACCGAGAGGUGGACCCUGCAAAGGCGUCCACGAAGCUCCCCCAGCUUUGUUUUCAAUGUGAAAAACUGGGAACGAUUUUAAAAAAGAAAAAGAAAAAUAUUUAUAGACCUCUUUUAGAUAUUUUAAUAAAAGGAUACUUUGGAAUUUAUUAACAGCUUAAGCUGCUUUGAUAUUAAAGAUAGCUAUAAAAUCAAGAUGAUGUAGCAGUCGUGUCAUUAAAUGUACACUGAAGUCUUGUAGUUUGCCACUGGAUGAGAUUAAAAACAAACAAACAAAAAAACCCACAGAAAAGACUUACUGAGCAAAGCCAUCAAGAAGCACUAUGAGACUGACCAAAUUUAAUAAACUUUUGCAUAGCAUUUUUCCACAUCUGUCUGUAAGACACUGCAUCGCUUCUGCCCCAUCCAGAGACUGUGUUAUAGUCCAUGAAGACUCUAAAUCAGAAACCUUGAUGCCAUCGAGUAUGUAUUUAGUUCUGGUGGUAUGUUUUUGAAACCUUUGUAACACAGAAUGUCACGUGCAGUUGUAUAUGUUGUAGAAAUGUCUGCAAUAGCCUUCUGGAACAAGACGUAGCAUGGUGCAAAUGCGGUCCCUCGCGCUCCCUCGAGUCAGCAGCUGGUGCUGGCCCUCAACAAUGACAGCACUGGAAAAGAGGGAAAAAGGCAGAACAGACCCAAGUGAAGCAAGCUGUCUCUGAUUGUGGUGGUGAUGGGAAGAGGUACCUGGGUUUGACACCUGGGGCAGCUCCAGCUGGCUGGGGAUGGCAUUUGGGGUCCCCAUGCUCUACUGUCAUAUGGAAAAUGAAAUCACUGGUGCCUAGGGACUCCAAAAAGCCAGAACGUGCCCUGCUCGGGGUUCUCCCUGCACCAUGUGCAGCUUUGGGGGCUGAAGCACUUUUUUGGUUUGGAGGCUUUGGAAUGUGGGCAGGGGGAGCAUCCCCUCGCCAUGGCCAUGCCCUCUUUCUGCGGCUGUGAACCAUUGUCAUGGCCAUGUCCCCUUGCCAUGACUGCAUCCUAUUGUCAUGGCUGUGUCCCCAAGCAGUGGCUACUACAGCAUGUCUCAAUGAGCUGGGACAUGGAGUGUCAAGACAUGCUCCUGCCCUACACUGUGCUUGGGGCUAAGUUGGGCAAAGCACAGUGGUGCCUUGCUACUGACCUAGUGCAAAGCCACAGCGGUGGUGUGGUGGCAUUCCAACACCCAAAUCAGGUCCCUGGAGUGUUCCCAUCUCAGUGCCCCAACUAACAAAAUGCCUUUAGAAGAGGAGGGUGGAUUGUGUCCUGUAAUGUUUCCUGUCCAUUCCGUUUCUCAAUGCAUUUUGCAAGCACCAAGAAUGUGGCAUGCCACACUCUGGCCACCCUCUCCACCAUCUGUCACCUGAUGAGAGGCACUGCGGGGCCGUGGGGGAGAGCUCGAUGCCAGCUCUGAGGCUAUGCAUUGACUUGUUUUCCACUGUAGACAUUUUUAUCAGAAUAGAAGGUAUUUUUGUACUCUGGUGGUAGUCAGGGAGCAAUUUCAAAAGCAAACCUAUUGGGCUCUCCAAAAGCAAUCUCGGCUCUGCACUAGCACGAGCUCCCUGAGGUCACCCUGCUGCCACCACGCCACCGAAGGCCAAGGUGUACCCAUUGCCGACUGUUCUCCGUAGUGUGCUUGUGUUAGCUUUAGUGGAACGGGAUUUGAUGAAGCACUUAGGGUAGUCUUUGGAACAUGGAAAUCCUGUUGUACUAAAAGCUAGUGGGACAUACUGAUCACAUUUUGUUAUAGGCUCAUGUACUGUACUUCAAAAGUUUCUAUGAGAUCGAUGAACUUUGUUAACAAUUUUGGAAGGAACAAGUUCUGUAAAGAGCCACUAAAUACAGAAGUUGGAUAA